AUGGCUGAUCCGACUACCAAACUACAAAUCUCCCUCAUUGGGGCCCACUCCGACGGCUUUGUGAAGGCCCUACAAGCAAACAAUUUUGACAUCGAGCAAUGUGGCUCGGUUUCCGAUCGCAAGAAAAGCGCGGUGAAUCUCUCGGUGCUUGCUCUUACCGGUGAGGAGCAUACGCUCUCCGAAAGCGAUAUCGACAAGACGCUACGCGCUGGGACCGUGCUUGCUCUAUUCGGACCAAGUCGCGCCCUCUUGGAGACUGUUCACAAAGCUACGAACACCCCCAUUGACAUUCCAAGCCUGGAGCUGGCCGAUGGAUUACCGCUCCUGGUAUACAACGUGAAUGGCGUGGUGCACGUUACUCCGAACAACGUUCCCAGUGAAGCCAAGGUCCAGGAGCUCGUGCGAAGCACUCUUGAGAAAGAUGGCAAGGCUCCCCCAGAAGAGUCCUUUUCGGUGUCUACAGUGGGCACCAUCGACAACACGGCCCACAUCGAAAUCACUUGGCUGGCAUGGAACGCGGACGGCAUCUACGACUUCUACACUAAGGAUCCGCAAUAUAUCCAGAAGUUUGACCUGAACUGGUACACCGAUUUCUACGUGUACGCAACAGGUGCCGAUUGUAGGGGUAAGACUGGCGACGAGUUCACUAAAGCAGGCGGCCUUGUGUACACCCUUGUUAUCGACCGUGGUAACGUGCGACGUUCGUCAGACGGCGCCCCGCGAUUCCUGGGGCCUACGAGUGGCUAUUGUGGUUAUUACUUCAUUGACUGGAACCGGACGGGGAACUUUUCCCCAGGCUUCACGAUGGAUCUGCUGUCAUAUCAGCCUCGCGACCCUGCUUCGCAGAACGGGACAAGAUACAAUUACUCCAUCGACUUCCAGCAAGACAUGCAGAUGCUCAAUGACAAUGGUGAUUCAAAGUACACGUUCAAGGCCCAGUACUCCAAUGAUUUCACUUUGGAAAAAUUCCAGCAACACGCCAUAGAGCUUGACUCGGGGGUCGAUUUUUCUGUUGACUACAAGGAUGGCUAUGACCACUGGGUCGAUCCGCAAUUAUCUACCGACACUUGGUAUUACCCUGGUAUUACCCAGUGGGUCAACAGAGAAGGAUAUGAGCAUUUCAUCAUCCGGGUGCGUCUUAUCACUUAUGAUGCCGCCGAUGAUCUGACCAUUCAAUUAUAUAUGAAGGAAGACAUGCCAGCAGAUGAUUUGCCCAUCAACGGCUUGACAGUCCUCUCAUCGAGUGUUGGCAAGCAUUGGUUCUGUAUGUAA